GCGGGCGCCGAGCCGGAGCUAAGACCAAGACCAAGAAGCAAGUAAACAAGUUCGCCUAGCCGGAUUUCUGACACUGAGCGGAGUUCAUUUGGUAGAGGCACGGCCAGCCAAGGUCAGGCAAACUCAAGGUCAUGGCGAGAGUGGUCAAAAUCCUGCAGACCCUGAAAAGACACAAGAAAAAGACAAUUUUCUUCUCCGCGGUGCUCGCCGGGGGCCUCCACUACGCCAGCGAGAAAUACGAGGAGAAUGCCAUGAUGCGUCGACUGUGUGAGGAGGCCAUGAGCUAUGGAGAGGCAUCACGGCCCCUCGGAGAGGCUGACCGACACAUCACUGUCCUCUUAAACCCAGCAGCUCGGGAUGGCAAGAGCAAGGCCGUGUUUGACAAGUACUGUGCUCCGCUGCUGCACCUGGCAGGCAUAAAGGUGGCGGUGGUCCGCACAGAGCAUGAGGGGCAGGCCAGGGACCUCAUGGGGCUCAUGGAGAAGACCAGUGCCGUGGUGGUGGCUGGUGGCGAUGGCACCUUGGCGGAGGUCCUCACAGGGCUGCUUCGGCGCUCAGACCACAGAGAAGCUGCAAGGAGGUUCCCGCUGGGCAUCCUCCCUCUGGGGCAGACCAACUCCGCUGCCUCUGCUGUGUGGGGCUUCAGGGGACGUCCAAAGCCCAGGGAUCUCGCCGAGGCUACCAUGGCCGUGGUCAGGGACUUGAAAAGGCCAAUGGAUGUGAUGGAGAUUACGCCAGAAAAGGCGGCAGGGCAGGAGGAGGCGCCGCAGCCAGUGUUUGCUGCCUCCGAAGUGGUGUGGGGGGCGCUGAGGGACGCUGCUGGCAGGAAGGACCAAUACUGGUACUGGCCUGGCGUCAAGAAGUACAUGACCUACGUCUUCUCUUCCUACAAGGACCUUGCAUGGGACUGCUCAGCGGAGGUGGAGUACACGCUGCCCUGCUCUGGCUGCUCCAGGUGCCGUGCCAAGAACCAGACAGACGCCAGGACCCCAGAGGCAGGCACCCCACAGCCAGCCAGGCGAUGGUGGAUGAACUACCUCCCCCGGGCCGCCCUUGGGACCGCUCAGAAGAAAGAGCCUGAAAGCACCGAGCCAGACUACAGCCUCAUCACAAAUGCCUCGUGUGGUGAGCUGCAUCAUCUCACCCUGGGGAAGGUGUGCGAGGUGGUCGUGGGCACGCAGAACACUCCGCAGACCACCACCAUACCAUCCUACGCACUUGCCCUCAAUACCGGUAUGGAGAACAUUGGUGCCAUUGAUUUCAUCAAGGAGGGAUGGAGGAGGGAGUGGAGUGGGGUGAGGGGAUACGUGGAGGAGAAGCUGGUAGGGGAGGUCUCCAUCACCCCCACUGCCUCAACCACCAAUGACAAGGGAGAGGAGCGAGAGUUGAGCAUCGACAGCGAGGGUUUUGAGGUUCGGCCCAUGACCAUACGCCCUCGACCUUCUGCAGUGACCAUCUUUGCCCCGCCCUUGUCCCAGGCCGCAGCUUAGCCACCUCAUCACCACGACCACCCAUUCAUCUGUUGGUAUUCUGUAGUCAAGAGGAAGGGUGCAUUAACUCUGCCUGACUGAUUUCACACCUAAUUGUCUUGCUCUGACUCCUGUUGUGUUUGAGGUUGUUUCUUUGUUGCAGUAAAGUGAGACCAAAACCCAUAAGGAACAAAAUGAGAGCCACAAUCAUAGAGAGGAUAUAGAGCAAAACCAGAGUGAUGAAAUUAGAGGGAAAAAACAAAGGUGAGAGUGAGAAGAGGAGAGAGUCUGUGAUCAUCAAGAGUGGGAGUGACUCAUAGUCCAUCCAACCCCUUAAGGGAAACUAUGGACAUUAAAAAAAAGUAAUAUCAUAUAAUAAAAAUAAAGGCAAAAAAUAAGAAAAAAACCUAUUUAGAGGAAAACAAAAGGAGGGUCACUUCCAGAGAUAUUUUAAUAGCCCACUUUUAAAACAUGAAAAUCAAAUUACUUAUCUGGAAAAGUUAAGGAAGUUAGUUAAAAAAAAGCACAUUAUUUCCAGAGGUACUUGUUAACCUUAGGUAAUAUAAGUUGUAUAAAGGCUAAAUCAUCAGUGGUGGGCAGAUUGUUGCAGUAUUACCAAUGAACAUGACAAAAGAGUGAAGGUACAGCUUAAUGCUUUUAGUCAGAUGGAGAUUGGAGACUCAAUAUUUUUGCAAGCGCUUAGCAUUGUUGGUGCCGUCUCUGCUACAUGGUCUGUGCUAUCAGUGAACUCUGUUGGGCGGGGAAAGGCAGUGUUUUCUUGGCUCUUUGACAGUGUAGGCUUUCCUGUGACUCAGUGGUGGUGGUGGUGGGGGUAGAAGGUGGCACAGCAUACCUCACCAACUCUUCCACUUACGAAUGCUGUUCCCUUUUUUAUGUUUACUCCUCAACCUUAUCUUCAUUUUCUAGAGUUUUCCUGAUUUUUUUGUUGAUUUUUUUGUCUUUGAUAACAUUUGUACAUUCAUCUGUAAAUAAAUGUUUAAAUAAACCAAUAAAGUCUCAAACUCAU